GCUCAGUUUAGUUUUCAUCGGUUCGCGAACCGACGCAGUUGCACCGUUUGCCAGUGCGCGUGGAGGACACUAUCAACGAGAAUCCACGCCCCUUCAGCAGAAUCACCCACAGCACAAUACCCGGUAAUGAUGAGUUCGCUUUAACUGUUUUUGCAGUACGUGAACUUGACAUAAUUCUCGGUGGCGCUCCGUUAAAGCUUUCACAUAGGAACAAUUAAUUUUCGCUAGUGUGUGCCAAUAUAGUGUAACGAGUUUUCUUCUGCCAGUGAAAGUAAACACUCACGCUGUCACGUCCGCGUGCAUAUGUUUGAGUUUCAUUUAUACUUAUGCAAUGGAACCCGUUGCUCCACCGACGAUGGGUGCAACCGAUCUCACCGAGGUGGCAAUCCCCCUGAUGGACAUUUCCACCACCGUGCUGGCGUUUGAGAACCUCAACUACUCCGUCCAACAGAGCACCAAGUGCAUUCUGCAAAACAUUUCCGGUUCGUUUCAAUCCGGUCGCCUGGCUGCCAUCCUCGGACCGUCGGGCGCCGGCAAAUCAAGCUUGAUGAAUGUGCUCAGCGGGUUCAAGGUGAAAGGAGUCAAGGGACAGAUUCUAAUAAACAACGAGAGCGUCGAUCGACAGCGGUACCGACAAAUGGUUGCUUACAAUCGUCAGGAUGUGAUGCUGCUACCGAACAUAACCGUUCAGGAAACAUUGCUUUACGCUGCCGACCUACGAAUGCCGUCCAGUGUUGCCAAAAUGCAUAAAGUGAAAAUAGUCAACGAAAUCAUUGCCCUGCUGGGGCUGGAGAAAUGUGCCAACAACCAGGCUCGCGUCCUGAGCGGAGGUGAGAAAAAACGCCUAUCUAUCGGUCAGGAGCUGGUGUCCAAUCCACGGAUCAUGUUCUUUGACGAACCCACGAGCGGUCUGGACAGUGAAUCUUCGUAUCAGAUCAUUGCAUAUCUGAAGGACAUGGCACGUCAGGGACGAUGCGUGGUCAGCGUAAUUCAUCAGCCGAGUUCGGAUUUGUUGGAGCUAUUCGAUGACAUCUACGUGGUGGUAGAUGGACAAUGUUUGUACCAGGGACCGCUGGAGCAGUUGACUUCAACGUUCGCCGAAGUCGGUAUGGUUUGUCCGCAGUACUACAAUCGAGCUGAUUUCGUCAUCAAAAUGGCAUCCAAAUCCAGCUCUGACGCGGAAAAGAUUCGCAUGUUAAUAGAUCAGAUGAAAACGGUGCCCAUUCAAAAUGGCUACAACAACAAUACCCGCAAUUAUCAGAACGGAAAUCAAGAACAAAAGCUGCUAGACGAGUGUGAUAACGGGUCUCAGUAUGUAAUCUCUCAGUGGCGUCAGUUUGUGAUUCUGACGCGCAGAACAUUGCUGGGAACGGUACGGAACUUUACCCUGACUGUGCUGCGAUUCCUGGGACACAUUCUCUUUGGCCUAAUCGUCGGUACGGUUUACUUCAACAUCGGAGGUGAUGGGGCCAAGGUCAUAUCAAACACCGCAUUUUUCAUGCUUAUUCUGAUGUUCAUUGCGUUCGCUAAUUCGAUGACUGUUGUCCUCACCUUUCCCCUGGAGAUGGCCGUGUUCAUCCGCGAGUACAAAGGCAACUGCUACUCGAUCUCAGCAUACUUCUUCUCGAAGAUCGUGGCCGAUUUCCCGCUGAUGCUUGGUGGAAUCACCUGUUUUCAGAUCAUAGCCUAUUACAUGACCGGCCAGAUCAACGAAACCGAGCGGGUGCUGAUAUUUUGGUGCAUGUGCCUGCUGAUGGGAUGGUAUGCGCAAAUUUACGGCAUGCUCGGUGGAAGCCUGUUCCCGAUCGAAGUCAGCCCAUUUGUGGUGCCGACGACGUUGAUUCCGGCGGUGCUCUUCAGUGGAUUCUUCAUUCGAUACGACGAAUUGUUCGAUGUGUUUAAACCAUUGACUUACAUCUCCCCGUUCCGAUUUACGUUCGAGGGCAUCUCGAUGGCGGCCUACGGAUUCGAUCGAAAGGAUUUGGGAUGCAGUGAGAUGUUUUGCUACUAUAGGAAAGCCAAGAAGGUGCUCGAAAUGCUGGACAUGGAGAAUAGUAAUAUUUGGGUGGAUGUAGGGGGGAUGGCUGUUCUCAUUGUUGGAUUGCAUUUACUGUUGUAUGUUAGUUUACGGUCCAAGGUACGUUGAGCAGACGUACCAUUAUAAGUACUUAUCGAAAUGUGAUAAAAAAGAUGCUUUUUAGCAGAAUCUACUUGAACACGAUAAAUAUCAUUGUUAAUUGUUGUACUGUAGCUGCCAACAAUGUUGCCUUAACUGUGAUUAUAUUAGCGCAUUGAUUUUUCCAGCAAGAAUACAUACAUUUUUAAAUAAAUAUUUAUUGGAUCAAUU